AUGGCUGGCUUUUCAACACUUUCUCUUUUGGUGUUUUUCCUUCUCUUUGGGUUCUCUGUAGCUAAGGAAACAUUGGUUGGAGGCAAGACAGAUGCAUGGAAGAUUCCUUCUUCUCAGUCAGACUCGCUCAAUCAAUGGGCUGAAAGAUCUCGUUUCCAAGUUGGCGACUAUCUUGUUUGGAAAUAUGAUGGUGGGAAAGAUUCAGUAAUAGAAGUAAACAGAGAGGAUUAUGGUAAUUGUAGUGUGUCAAAGCCCAUAAAAGAGUACAAUGAUGGGAACACAAAGGUGAAGCUUGAACAUCCUGGGCCAUUCUACUUCAUAAGUGGAGCAAAGGGUCACUGUGAGAAGGGUCAAAAGCUGGUUGUGGUGGUUUUGACUCCAAGGGGAAGAACGAACAGUGCUAUUUCGCCAACAACUUCACCUUCACCUUCACCUUCUUCAGCAGAGUUUGAAGGUCCAGCUGUUGCUCCAAGUCCGACAAGCAGUGCCACAGCUUUGCCAAAUGGCCUUGUUGGAGUAUUUUUUGCUAUGUGGCUGUUUUCUAUGUGA